AUGUCUAGUGUGGAUGGGUGGGAGCAAGAGAGGACACCACGUCCACUCCUUGCACAUCACAGCCAUGUAUCUUUUUUCUAUCUCUAUUCUCAGUGUGUGUAUGUUGAAUGUAACAUCUUCACCGUUGACCAAUGGCCUACAGUACUCGGAGUGAAUGCUGCCGAGCCUCACACAACUUCAAUCACCAAUCAAUUCUUCCCUGCACUAUUUGUGGGAGAAUCAUCAUUCGGAUUGUAUGCAAUUGAGGCUCUCGUUGACCAUCAGACCAUCACAUACUCGCCAAAACUUCUGGGUCCGCCACUUCUGGAAGGUCCAGCGCCGAUUGCGUUGACGGAUCUGGAACGAGAGGAAUAUCUGCCACCACGACGUCCAAUAAUCCGGAAUAUUCCCCCGUCGAUAACACAUAAAACUUCCGAUGGAGAAUAUCUUUUAUUAGGAUAUCAUGAUCGGCCGAAUAUGGCAAUGGCAAUGAUAAUCCCUUCGAGAUUCCCUAUUCCGCCACCACGGAAUGCACUCGAACCUCCAGAAAUCGUACCGCAAAUCACUGGACCAGUGGAAUCAAAACAUGAAGACACUUCACUUAUUCUCCUCCUCAUACAAAAAUAUCCAGUUCCAUUCUACGGAUCUGUUGCCACUGUGAUAGUGCUUCUUCUGACAGUUAUAUGGCAAUGUGGAAGACAAUGGGAUCAGAAUAAGAAUAUGUCGAGAACGGAUUCAUUCGAGAUUAUGAACAAUCCAGGAGAGUCAAGAAGUGCACAAACAUCGAAACAGUCGAAUAGGGAAAGUUUCGGAGGUUUCGGAUGGAGACCGAGAAAGAUUGAGAUUCCCGAGGGUUGGAUGGCUGUUGGCAGCAAGCUGAUGUACAGUCCAUCAGAUAUUCUUGGUACCGGAUGCGAGGGAACUGUUGUAUAUCGAGGAACAUUUGAUGGAAGAGAAGUUGCAGUCAAGAGAGUUGUAUCGGAAUUCGUGAAGUUCGCCCACCGAGAAGCAGAUUUACUUCGAGAAAGUGACACACAUCCCCACGUCAUCAGAUACUUCUGCAUGGAAUCGGACAGUCAAUUCAAGUAUUUGGCCCUCGAGCUGUGUAUCGCUUCGUUGAAUGAUUUUGUGGAGCGGAAAGAACUUCAGGAGAAUGUUUCAUUGUCAUUGAAAGAUAUUUUGAGACAAUCAACUGAUGGUUUGGCACAUCUUCAUGCCUCGAAAAUCGUCCAUCGAGAUAUGAAACCACAGAAUGUUUUGAUUACGAUGGCAAGCCAGCGUGGAGAAAUGCGGGCAGUUAUCUCAGAUUUCGGAUUAUGUAAACGAGUACAACCGGGAAAAAAUUCGAUAUCAAGAGGAAUUGCGUCAGGAUUGGCUGGAACUGAUGGAUGGAUUGCUCCAGAAGUUUUGAUCUCAGCUAGCACAUCUUAUCCAGUCGACAUCUUCUCACUAGGAUGUAUUUUUUAUUAUGUCUUGACUGCAGGAACUCAUCCAUUCGGAAAGUCUCUACACCGUCAAGCUAAUAUCGUCAAUGGAGAAUUCACGCUGAAUAAGUUGGCAGAUUUAGAUGAUUGGUCUCUUGCUGAUGAUCUUAUCUCAUCUAUGCUCCACGUGGAUCCUCUCGAACGACCCACUGCUGAAGCAGUUCUGAAUCAUCCGUUCUUCUGGUCAGCCGAAAAACGCUUGGCCUACUUUUCUGAUGUAUCUGAUAGAGUUGAAAAGGAAGAAGAUAAUAGUCCGGUAGUAAGAAGAAUAGAAACAGAUGCUCGCACAGUUGUAUGUGGUGGAUGGAGAGAGAAGAUUUGCGAGGCGCUGAAGGAAGAUCUUAGGAAGUUCCGUACGUACAAGUCGUUCUCAGUCCGUGAUCUUCUUCGAGCAAUGAGAAAUAAAAAACAUCACUAUCGGGAAUUGCCAGAAGACGUCAGACUGUCAUUGGGCGAUAUUCCGGAUCAAUUCCUUCAUUAUUUCACUUCUAGAUUCCCGAGGUUACUACUCCAUGUGUACAAGGCCACCGAGUAUUGCUCUUCGGAAGCAGUUUUCCGCAGAUAUUAUUCAGAUGAUGUCCGUGCCCGAAUGUUACCAAUCGUCCUUGAAGAAGAACGAAUUCGAAAGGAAAUCAAAGAGCAAAUGGCGAAUGAAGUAUGGGCAAGAGCAUCACCGAAAAGCGCUCCAACUGAACAACGAAUUCCUCUGAAAUUGACCGAAAAGAGGAAUAAUAAUAAGAAGAAGCUGAAAAAUAACGAAUAA